CUAUAUUUGAUGAAAUGACAGAUGUAUUUGGAAAAACUCAAUGACUCUUCAGCAGUUUUUCAGAUGUUAUUGAGGAACCUUAAGAUCCUGUCUGGGAUGAAGUGGAACAUUUGUGGCCUCCUGCUCAUUUUACCUGCCCUCCUCAGCAUUUCCACAGAAAGAGAGAGUAAAUGUAAAAAGGAAGAUGGCAAACAUUUAUGUAUUACUCCUGGCAUGAUGGAAAAAAAACAAAAUCAGGCUGGAACUGAUAUGGAGAUGGAUAUGUUUAUACUGGGUGAUGAUGGUUUCAUGGGAUACAUGAAAACAGGUAAAUGUAUUAAUGGUACAUGGGACCCAAAGGCGAGCCAGUCUACUAUUCUGUGCAAUUCUAGUGGAUCAUCAGUAACAACAAAACCAAUCAACAUGAUUGUCUUUUCGUAUGAAGAAAAUACAGCUUAUACAGAAAGCUUGUUUAACAACAGUGACUAUGGUGUGAUUUUAUCAAGAUACUCACCAUACAAUCUCAGCAUAAACAGAGCUGUUAUACCCACAUUUGUCUGUUUAAUUGAAGGGAAUUGCACAAAUAUUACUUUGAACACUUGGAUUAAUCAAGAAUGUAACUGGACUAACAAAACCACAGAAUAUUUUGAAUACAAAAGUGAGGACAAUUCUAAAAAAUCAUGUCAAAUGACCUGCCUGAAUGUGAUAAGGUUAUGUGAGAUUUCAGAAUAUGAUCCCAGCUGUAGCGAUGAUAAUUCAGGUGAUGAAGAUAAAAUAAACAAACUUGGGAUCUUUAAUAAAACUGCAACUUGUUAUAAGUGUGGAAGUCCUUUUCAAGUUGUGGAAACAAUCCCUUUACCCGAUGAAUUAUCAAAACAAUUCAAUGCUAAUGAAACAGAGACAGAUGCUGAGACAGCUGCUGGGGCAAUGAAAAAUCUCUCCAGUCUGCUGUCUUUUAUGGGGAAUUUGACCAUUGCCUCUGUAUCUAUGGGUAAUGUUAAAGGGGUUUUAAAGAAAAUUCAAAGUGAGUCCAAAAUCACAACAUCCUACUUCAUCUACUCUUCAACAACUGGCAUCAGAGUUUUAGAUGAUGUUGCUGUACUGGAGAAAUAUCCCAACGCUUUCGGUAUUCCAGCGGAAGCAGCUAACAAAGCGCUCAACCAAAGUGCAGGAAGCGCUUUUAUGGGUGUUUUCCGCUUUCCUAACAUGUCAAAGGAUGCAGAGAAUAGUACGGUUUUGAAUGAUGAGGUUUAUGCCAUCGAAAUGGGGACAAAAAUUUCAAAUCUGAGUGACCCCAUCAGCUUGACAUUCAAAUAUCAGGAGACUAAGGAAACUCCGGUUUGUCACUCAUGGGAUGGAAGCGGAAAUAAGCCAAACUGGACAACUGAAGGGUGCAAUACCACUAAAGGAGGAACCAAUGUAACAUGUCAAUGCAAUCAUUUGACUUUCUUCGCUGUGCUUAUGAUCUCUCCAGACAUAACCAUUUCUGAAAGCGACCUCACUGCUCUCACCUACAUCACUUACAUCGGCUGCGGCCUCUCCUUGAGAGUGAAGGCCACUGAUUCUAUCCGUGUGCUGAUUAAUCUCUUUGUGGCGCUGUUCCUGCUCAACGUGGCCUUCCUGUCGAAUGAGUACGUAGCACGUAUGAAGGACGUCAACGCCUGCAAGAUCAUGGCUGGAUUCAUGCACUACUGCUUGCUGGCCAGUUUCAACUGGUUUGCGGUGGAGGCUUUUCACCUCUGCCUGCAGAUGGCCAAACACUCAGUCACCAUCAAACAUUACAUGAUCAAGAUCUCUGUGGCUGGUUGGGCUCCUCCUGCUCUUGUUGUCAGUAUCAUUUACGUCUUGGGCAAAUAUGGUGAGCAGACCAUAAAAACGGAGACGAGCAACGUAACUAUGUGCUGGAUUUUAGACUCUAAUAUCCACUACUAUGUGAACAUCGGUUAUUACUGCCUCAUCUUCAUCUUCACCUUCAGCACCUUCGUUGUGGUGCUGCGAUGGCUCUCCAUGCUGAAGUUCAGCAAGCUGAACAAGGCUGGAAAGGUGAAGCGCUCAGGAACCGACACCACUGACAUCACCACCAUCCUGGGCCUCUGCUGCAUGCUGGGACUCACCUGGAGCUUCGCCUUCUUCAGCUACGGAGCAAUGCGUCUGCCCUCGUAUUACAUAUUCACCAUCCUGAACUCCUUCCAAGGGAUACUCUGGCAAAAUAUGACCUCAAAGCUGACAGACAUGGAUUAA